AUGAAGAUCGCUAUCAUCCAAUAUUCCACUUACGGCCACAUCACGACCCUCGCCGAGGCCGUCGCCGCGGGAAUCCGCCAGGCGGCUCCUUCCGUCCAGGUUGACCUCUUCCAGGUCCCAGAGACUCUCACACCGGAAGUUCUCGCUGCAAUCCACGCUCCGGAAAAGCCUACGCUCCCACUUGCCUCUACUGCUACGCUCGUCGAAUACGACGCCUUUGUUUUCGGUGUGCCAACCCGGUUUGGGACCAUGCCGGCGCAAUGGUCCACCUUUUGGGACACCACUGGCGGCCUCUGGGGGUCCGGUGCCCUCCACGGCAAGCCAGUUUCGCUCUUUGUGUCAACUGGGAGCCAGGGUGGUGGCCAGGAGACGACGGUGCGCAGCUUCUUGUCGACUAUUACCCACCACGGGAUGGUGUACGUGCCGUUGGGCUACAAGACUGUGUUUGGCGACGUGGCUAGUUUAGAGGAGAUCAGAGGUGGGAGUCCGUACGGUGCUGGCAUGUUUGCCGGGGUGGAUGGCUCCAGGGUUGCCAGUGGGGUUGAGUUGAAGGUGGCUGAGCAGCAGGGGCGAGACUUUGCGGUGACCGCUGCGAAGUUUGUUUCGGCUGAUUCUGCGGCAGACGCUGCGAAGGCAGCCCCAAUCGCCGAACAGAAGGCCGUCCAGGCUGAAUCAGCCGCUCCUGUUGCUGCCGCCGAGCCUAAGGCCGAGGCCAGAGCCAAGCAGUCCGCUCCAGCCGCAGCCUCGGAGAAGAAGAGCUCCGGGUGCUGUGUCAUUGUUUAA